CCUUGACAUCGCCAGUUUAUAAACGAUUGACUCACCACCAUGCCGAAAUACAAGCUACAUUACUUCAACGGGCGAGGCCGUGCCGAGACCUGUCGUUUAUUAUUCGCACAGGCUGGGGUAGAAUAUGAAGAUAAACGAUAUACAAGAGAGGAGUGGGCAACGGUGAAAACCGGUGAUAAAUUUCAAUUGGGUCAUAUGCCUGUGUUGGAAGUGGAUGACACGGUGCUGUCGCAGUCAAAUGCAAUUGCUCGUUACCUUUCCAGGGAAUAUGGCUUUUCGGGAAAGACCAAUUUAGAAACGGCACAGAUUGAUAUGAUAGUAGAUACAAUGGUGGACAUCGUUACCGCUUUUGGAAAAGCUUGGUUCGAGAAGGACGAAAAGAAAAAGGCUGAGAUGCUGGAGGAAGGCAAAGCUAACACCCUUAUACCAAAGUUAUCAGCACUAGAAAAAGGUCUUAUCGCAAAUAAUGGUGGGGACGGUUUUUUUGUAGGCGAUAACGUAUCGCUGGCUGAUCUCACUUUUGUAACAUCUCACGACAUGAUUUCCCUUAUGGUCCCGGAUGCAUUGGACACAUUUCCGAAGCUGAAGAGCUUAUGUAGCCGAGUUCUCGCUUUGCCCAGGAUUGCCGAGUGGGUAAAAAAGAGGCCAGAAAGCACGUUUUAA